CUCUUCCUUCUUCUAGAUACCCAAAAACAGCAAAACCACCAUCCCAGAAGAGGUGAAAAACACACAACUCCAUCGAGAAGAGAGAAAAAAAAGAAGGAGAGAGAGAGGCGGCCACGAGAUCUGAGUCUUGCUCUCGCUAGCACGACUCAUGAUCCUAUCCCCCACUCCUUCACAAUAUAUAUAAUUUCUUCUGACGUAUAAUUCAUUCAUUCAUUCAUUCAUUCGUCUGUGAGACGAGACGACGUCGCUUUGCCAAUACAUAUAAUGCCGAUCGAUAUGGUGAAGUGGCUCCUCGAGCAGCCCCUCGAGUCGCUCCCGGAAUCCCUGGCGAACGCCCUCCUCGAAUGGGUGAUGAUCGUCUUGCUCUUCGUCGACGGCCUCCUCGCCUUCGUCUCCAACGAGUUCGCCCGGGUCUUCGGCCUCCACACCCCGUGCCUCCUCUGCACCCGGAUCGACCACGUCCUCGUGCACCGCGCCCCGAGCUUCUACUACAACGACUCCAUCUGCGACAUCCACAAGCGCGACGUCUCCUCCCUCGGCUACUGCAGCGUGCACCGGAAGCUCUCUGAUAUUCGCUCCAUGUGCCAGGUCUGCAUCGUCUCGUUUGCGACGGAGAAAGAUUCUGAUUGCGACAAGUACAAGACGGUUGCCGGGAUCUUGAACAAGGACAUUGACCGGAUUGUCGAUGAUGAGCGGCGGUCGCUGCUCAGGCGGCUGAAGAAGGACGACGGCGACGUCUAUGAAGACAAGGGUAACGGUCCGAAUUCUUGGUGUUCUUGCUGUGGGGAGCCUCUGAAGCUGAGGGCGUCCAAGAAGUUCUUGAGGAGCUUGUCCACCAAAUCUCCGGCGCCUUCUCCGCGGAUGUCGUGGCUGACGAACAGGAACGACGAGGCGCCUUCUCCGCGGAUGUCGUGGCUGGCGAACAGGAACGACGAGACGCCGCGGUCGAGGUACACGGAGCUUAAGUUCAUGUCCGACAUUGAGUUGGAGGCUCCACAGAAUGAUGCUUCAAAUGCUGAUAAUCAAGGUAAAGAUGAGAUGAGAGCUACAAUCUCACCAUUCUUGCAGGAGGGCAAGGAUCUAGGUGAAGAUCCAAAUAGAACUCCAAAUUUCAUGAGAGCAAACAAGUAUUUUGGGGUGCAGUUUGAUCCAACUCAAGAGAGCCCUAGAUGGCUGAACAGGAGCAGCAAGAAACUCAAUUUUGACAAAGUUGAUGCUCUUGUUGAGCCCUUUGACGUAAGCCAGCCCCUUGACAUAAGCCCUCUCAACGAGCUCGACAGUGACCUCUUGAACCGUCUCAAGAAGCAGGCGCAUCUGGACCACGACUCCCUCAUGGCGGUCUACAUGGAGCUCGACAAGGAAAGGAGCGCUGCUGCUGUGGCCGCGAACAAUGCAAUGGCUAUGAUCACGCGGAUCCAGCAGGAGAAGGCCGCGAUCCAGAUGGAGGCGUUGCAGUACCAGAGGAUGAUGGAGGAGCAAGCAGAAUACGACGAGGAGGCCUUGGAGCUCAUGCGGGACAUGCUCAUCAAGAAGGAAGACGAUGUCAAGGCUCUCGAGUCUGAGCUCGAGGCCUACAGGGGGAAAUAUGGGCCUAUCAGGAAGUUUGGUAGCGACAUUUGUGAGGUCGAUGCCGAUGAUGAUUUCCCGGAGAUGAAGUCUCACUCGUCGUGUUUCAGUGAGAAGUUGUCCGAGUGCGGUAGCUUGGACGGAGGUGAUCAGAAGGAGUGCGAGGAUCCUUCUCCAUGCGGCCCUAUGGAGGGGGAAUCGCCGUUGGAUUUUGAAGGGGAGAGAUCGUACCUUCUCGGCCUUCUGAGCGAGCUCGAGAGGAAGAUGAAUGCCAGUAAGGAAUCCAAUUUCUCAGAGAUGGAGGUGAUCAAGAAUAAUGAUGUAGGCAUAGAUGGAGGUGAAAACAAAGCUACACUUACAAGAGAAGUGUCCAUGAUCAAGGAGAGGUUGAGAGUUGUUGAAGCAGAUAGUGGCUUCUUGAAGCAUGCUGCUAAGACAAUCCAGAUAGGAGAUGAGGGAGCUAAGCUCUUGAUGGAGAUAGCCGACCAUCUCCGGGCGCUCAGACAAAGCGGGAAACCUCUCCCGCCCAAACUGGAGGCAUGAACUUAACUCAUGCAGUUCCUUUCCCUUCUGUUUUCCAUUAUUUUUCAUCUCCAUGUUAGAUUGUACAUACCUAUAUACAUUUGCUUGACCGGGCACCGGAAGCCCGAGGCUCGCGGGUUCUUGAUUGCUCGUGCCUCGACAGCAGCUUAGGUCACAGGCAUUCUCCUCGCGGGCCAAACGAGACAGAAGCCCGACUCAGAAACUCUCUCCCACCUGGAAACACACACAGCAAUCUGAUAGGCAGUAUAUGCAGUAAAAUGAAAAUGGUGGUGAUUUGAGCCACACCACAGUUGCAACGUUUAGGUUUUACGUGCUUUAGAGUCAGUCGUCUGUCUGUGUAUCGAUCAAUCAAGGCAUAGAUAGUGAAGAAGGGCAUGUAAAACUUGAAGCCGGUUUAGCUGAAAACGGCUUACAUUCCCAAUGUAAAACUACUAAAGGAUUCAUCUUGCUUUUUACUGGAAUCAUUUUCAUAGACAAAAA